AUGGGGCCGUUACGCUGGCAGGUGGUGGCUGCUGUUGUCGGGGGCCUCGCGCUGGCCCUGGAGGCGCUACCCGCUGUGCUGCGCUGGCUGUGGGCCGGGCAGCGGCGGCCGCCGCGGCGCGAGGUGCUGUUCUUCCCGUCGCAGGUGACGUGCACCGAGGCCCUGUUGCGGGUCCCGGGCGCCGCGCCCUCGGGCUGCCCUUGCAACCUGCCCCACGGCGAGAGCUCGCUGAGCCGCCUGUUGCGCGCCCUGCUGGCAGCCCGCGCCAGCCUCGAGCUCUGCCUGUUCGCCUUCUCCAGCCCGCAGCUGGGCCGCGCAGUGCAGCUGCUGCACCAGCGCGGGGUGCGCGUCCGCGUGGUCACCGACUGCGACUACAUGGCCCUCAAUGGCUCACAGAUUGGGCUGCUCCGAAAGGCAGGGAUCCAGGUCCGGCACGACCAGGAUCUGGGCUACAUGCACCACAAGUUCGCGAUUGUGGACAAGAAGGUGCUGAUCACUGGCUCGCUGAACUGGACCACUCAGGCCAUUCAGAGCAACCGGGAGAACGUGCUCAUCAUAGAGGAUGAGGAGUGCGUGCGGCUCUUUCUGGAGGAAUUUGAGCGCAUCUGGGAGGAGUUUAACCCCACCAAGUACACCUUUUUCCCUCACAAAAAGGGAAGUCGCUGA